GCCUGGACCCGGAUUCGUGUUAGACAUCCGUUCACACUCACGGCUGAGACACGGCUGAAACGCACGUUACACAGAGAUAUGUGAACUACCGGCUAUUCGCUUCGAAACACAGGAAUAUUUCGGCGGUUUGUUCAGCUCUCUGGAGGAGAUGGGAAACUCAUAUGCAGGACAGCUGCGUACCACGCGUUUUGAAGAGGUGCUGCACUAUUCUAUUGAGGCAUCUCUGCGUUCCAACACUGUAGUGCCGAGACCAGUGUUCUCACAGCUGUAUCUAGAACCCGAGCAGAGGCCCCUGUCUCAAGAAGGCCAAAUGGAAAAUGAGGAAGAUGAUGAUGAGGAUGGCUCAGAGACUAACAGUCCUCCCAUUCCAUAUCACAUGAAGCCUGCUCCAGAGGGCUCCUGCACCACUGAUGGAUUUUGUCAGGCAGGAAAAGAUCUGCGACUAACCACGAUGUCUACUGAAAAUCUAGAUGUACCCCUGGGAUUUCUGCUGGUCGGGGCCAAAUCUCCCAGUAUCCCCGGCCAAAUAUUGGUGUGUGCCGUGGAUCGACGCUUUCUCCCAGAUGAACGUGGACGUAAUGCACUUUUAGGCUUCUCAGGUAACUGUAUGGGCUGUGGUGAGAAAGGAUUCCGAUAUUUCACUGAGUUCUCCAAUCAUAUCAACCUGAAGCUCACAACACAGCCUAAGAAGCAGAAGCACUUAAAAUACCAUCUUCUCCGCAAUGCGCAGGGUAUGCUGGUCAAGGGCCCACCCAUCUGCUGGAAGGGAAUGGAUAGCCGGGGAAGACAGAACUCUUUAAAUGUGACUGGUGGUCUAGAGGAGCAGCGAUCUGGUUCUGUAGCCAGCAACCCAAUGCCUAAUUCAGGACCUGUCAGUUUAAGUACAGCUAACAGAGAUCUGGACACACAUGUCCCUGCAUCUGAAAUGUCUCCUCAAAUGACCAAUGGCAGCCACAUCCCAGUAUCCCAGCAUCCUCUGCCACAGCCAGGCCUAGUAGCCAAUGGCCCAGGAAGAUCCACAGGAUCUAGGCCAAACACAGGACCACCCAAAAAGAGACACAAGGGAUGGUCCCCAGAAUCCAUAGGACCCACUGAAGCAAGUAUUAGACCUGUAUCCUCCAACACAGUCAACGGCACAAAAUCAGACAUUGGGAAUUCAGUGUCUCAAGGGUCUUCACCCUCCAUGCCCUCAGCGGAGUCUGUUGCAGUGCCUAAUAAUCUGCUUGAAAAAUGUGGACUGCAGCCAGUUAUAUUUAAAGGGCAUGGGGAUCUGCCACAUCUAUCUGGGAACACACGUGAGGUGUUGGUGAAUGGUUGGCUGCAGGCAUGCUACCGAAGCUCCCAGAAUCUUCUACGUGUUUAUGAACAAUAUGGAGCUUCCUCCAUUCAGCCACUUUCCACUGAGAUGCAGGUCCUGUUGACUGUCUACUAUCUGGUACAGCUAGGUACAGACCAAAUUCCCUUGAUGGAAGACCUGGAGCAGAUCCUCAUGCACUCUUGGCGUGAGUCUCACCUGACAGAAAUCCGUCAGCACCAGCAAAGUCAUGCACAGUUUCCUGUCCCUUUGCCUGGCCUGGCACAACCCCUAACCCCCUCUCAGCUCCCUUGGCUGGCCAAGCUGGCAACAAGCUCCUGUGGUGAUGCUGUUCUAGUGUUGGACACAGCACCCUCAGUGUCUGAGGCACUUGCAGAUACAUUCCAGAAGCUAAUGGAGGGCAAGCUUAGUCAGACACAUUUUGUUGUGAUCAUUUGCAUGGGCAGGAGCCAAGAGACCGAGUCCUGCAUAGUGGUUACAGGGAAGCACCAGGCACGAGCACUUGCAGAGAGUAUGCUCUCCCCAAGCGAAUGUGUGAUAGAAAUCAGUCAUGAGCUUUCCUCUGGGAUGACUGCUGAAUUAGAUGCCUAUGUUAGCUCCCUAGGUCCAGAUGGAAACGUGGAAAGUUUGCUGGAGAAAUUCAAUGCAGAGACUUACAGCCUUUCAGCGCAGACACCUAAAAAUGAAUGCUCUGCAGAAGCCAUAUGUACAGAAUAUCGGAUAGAAUGGCAUGAGAUUCGGCCCAUUCAGCUAGCUGUGGCACGGAAGCUGUUGUCCCACGUAUGUGCAAUUGCUGACUCUAGCACACACAACUUGGAUCUUGGCUCUUUUGACAAGGUGGAGUUCUUAAUCUGUGUGCCUCCUUCAGAGGUGACCUUCCAGCAAGUGGUCCUGCACCUAUGGAAUUCAGGGGUCCUUAAAGAGUUAGGCAUGGACCAGGACUGUUUGUCACCAAAGGAUGCUGAGCAGUAUGUGGUCAAAUUAGAUCAAGCUGCUGUAGCAAAGAUCAACGGUCUCAUUCAGAAAUCAAAGUUGAACCCAUAUACUCUUUUCAUACUGGUACAUGACCAUGCACACUGGGACAUUAGCAGUGAACAGUGUGGGAGGGUUGGUGGCUUGUCCAACUCAGGACUAGUGGACAGUCUACUGAACUGCAAGCAUAUUCAAGAGGCACCUAAUGUUCUGAUUCUUCACGUCACCUCAUUCCCCUUUGCCCUGCAGACUCAAUACACACGCAUCAGCCCCUACAAUGAAAUCCACUGGCCAUCAGCAUUCAACAAUGAUGUUGAUCUUUACCAUGAAAAAACAAAAUACUUUGGUGUGUCUGAGCUGCUGGAAUCCACAAGAUCAGGGAGCGGCUUGCCUCUGCUGCGCUUUGACAGUUCGUUUGAGAGCAUGGUCACUGCCCUAGAAGAGAGGUUUCCAAAAUUGCACAGCUCAGUAAUCCGCACCCAAGUGCUUCUCCAGCACUAUUCUGUGGCUCUGUUAGCUGCAGUCAGAGGCCAGGUCCAGCUGCAGAAGCACACCUCUGUAGAGACGCUGGAAAUAGUACAGUGUCUGCUGGGCUCAACGCAACACUGCCCCAGCCACCAUGGGUACAUGCUCCUGCUGCGUAUACCUUUUCCAUGUCUGGCAGCUCUGGCACAUCAGCGUCUAUGUCACAUACGUGAUCGCCUGGGCCUCCACAAGCACUUUGAAAUUGUGCUGGGAGACCCUUCAUCUGGGAUUAUUGUGGGCAAGCACUUCCUAAGCCAGCUGAGGGUAUGGCUGAAGAUCCAAGACCCAGACUGGACUCCUCGCACAUACCUUGAUUUAGAGGCUUUGCCCUGCAUUCUCAUCUUUACUGGAUUGGAUCCAAUGGGGGUGUCUUUGCCAAGGUCUCUGAAAUACUGUGAUGAGCGUGUAAUAAGUUGCUGCGCUCUGCAACGCACAGCUCUGGAGCAGGAACUUGGUCUGGCUGCGUACUUGGUGCGUGUGGAGGAGCAGAGGCAGCAUGGGCUGCCUGUGUCCAGUGACCUAUCUGAGAGCGAUCCUGAUAAACUCAGCAGCACCGACAAUGAGGAGGAAGAGUCCAUAGUGAAUGCAGUGAGUAGUGCUCUCCCUGGCCAGGAACACUCCCAGCAAACUCAGGAUGAAUUCUCUCCGAACAAACCAAGUCAAUCAUCAAAAUCCACCUCCCCUGGCUCCUUUUCAUCUUCCCAGACCUCUCCACAGCGAUACUGCUGCUCCUGGGCACAUAACAUUAAUAGGCCUCCUGUGGUCCUUCUCCCCAAAGCUUUGUAUGAUCUGCUCACCAGUGUGGAUGCCAGUGGCUUGCCCAAGCCCAUGUCGUUCCUCCCACACCCAUAUGUAGAGUGGGCCAGCUCUUUCAGGCCCCUUCUCAGCAAGAUUAUGACAUGUACAGAACAGUCUUUGUACUACAGGCAGUGGACUGUACCCAAACCUCAGCACAUGGACAGCAGCAAUUGGGGACGCACUGACAACUUUCACCCUCGAAGACUGCUCCUCAGUGGGCCACCACAAGUUGGAAAGACCGGUGCAUAUCUGCAGUUUCUAGGUAUUCUCUCUAGAAUGCUGAUCAGGCUCAUGGAGGUAGACAUCUUUGACGAAGAGGACAUCAAUCACAAUUGCCAGUCUGAGGUGGUGAAAUAUCAUCAGGCUAAUGCAUCAUGGCCCAAUGCUGAAACCUUGAGAGGAAUGCCUUUUGACUUUACCAUUCAUGACCCCAAAUAUGAGGACAUCAGUGCCGUCUACUCUCCUGACUUUACUCCAAAUUUAGAACGAAACCCCCGACGUCAGGAAGAUGUGUACCUUCGUCGUCGUACAGCCCGAAUAAAACUCUCCAAAUAUGCAGCCUAUAAUACUUACCAUCACUGUGAGCAGUGCCAUCAGUAUAUGGGAUUCAACCCUCGAUACCAGCUAUGUGAGUCUACCCUGCAUGCCUUCACCUUCUCUCAUCUGCUACUUGGGGAGGAGAUACAGCUCUAUUUCAUAAUCCCUAAAUCCAAAGAGCAUCACUUCUCCUUUAGCCAACCAGGAGGCCAGCUUGAGAGCAUGAGACUGCCCCUUACCUCUGAUUGGAAUCCUGAUUGUAUAAAGAGUCCGAUAUUUACACCCACAACGGGUCGCCAUGAGCAUGGCCUGUUCAACUUGUAUCAUGCCAUGGAUGGAGCCUCCCACCUGCAUAUCCUGGUGAUCAAAGAAUAUGAGAUGGCUGUCUAUAAAAAAUACUGGCCUAAUCACAUCAUGUUAGUGCUGCCCAACAUCUUUAAUGGAGCUGGAAUAGGAGCAGCACAUUUCCUAAUUAAAGAGUUGUCCUAUCAUAAUCUGGAGCUGGAGCGCAGUCGAAGAGUGGAGCAUGGCAGUCGUCCUCAGGAUGUCUGGCCCUUUAUCAUCCUGGCAGAUGACUCCUGUGUCAUGUGGAACAGUGUUGACAUUGACCCCAAGAGUGGUACUGCUGGACCAGAGCGGAAUGUGUCACUGAAGCAGUUGCUGCAGCACAUGGAGUCAUCUCCAGAUAUCACUCAGUAUGCCCUGUGUGGCCUGAGGAAGUGGUCAAGUCGUGGAGCUGGCACUGGACGAAGGAGAGAACCCUUCUCACAUGGACACCUACAUGAUUUUCUGCUCCUCAACGUGGACCUCACUCAGAAUGUGCAGUACAAUCAAAACCGAUUUACGUGUGAUGAUGUAGACUUCAACCUUCGCGUCCACAGUGCUGGCCUUCUAAUUUUCCGCUUUAACAACUUUAGUGUAAUGAAGAAGCAGAUUGCCAUAGGGGGAUAUCGUACAUUUAUAAUCAAGACCAAGAUGACUGAUGUACCAACCACAGUGCAGCCAUCUCAGUAUAUCUGUGCUCCAGAUAGCAAGCACCUGUUCCUGGCAACUCCAGGUCAGCUUCUGUUGGAGAAAUACCUCCAACACACAAGCCAGCGGCUUUUCCCCCUCAGCACUUGCAAUAAUAGCCAUCCGGUUCUUUCUGUCGACUGCUACCUCAACCUGGGCCCCGAGAUAACAGUGUGUUUUGUCAGCUCAAGGCCACACUCUGUCAACAUCAGCACAGCAGGUUUGUUCUUCAGUGGCCUCCUGCUCUACUUCUGUGACUCUUUCGUCACACCAGGUUUCCUCAAGAAAUUCCAGUUUCUGAAAGGGGCAACUCUGUGCGUAAUCUGCCCAAACCGCAGUGCUCUCCGUCAGACAGUGGUACGGCUAGAGCUGGAGGAUGAGUGGCGUUUCCGGUUGAGCGACGAGUUUCAAACGGCAAAUGCCAAAGAGGAUCAGCCACUCUUCUUUCUCACAGGAACACAUAUCUGACUCUGCAAUUGGUACCUUCAUGUACAUAUAUUUCUGUAUAUUAGAUGCUGUACUGUAUUUUAGAUUAGUACUCUUACCUAGGUGUUAUUAUGUUUGUGCUGUGUUUCUCUUCUCUAUGUUUUCUUGCAUAAGUCCAAAUGAAAUGUGCUUUUUAACAGUACUUUGUUACAUAUGCAUAUGAAAAAUUAUAUUUAUUACCUGCUUUAUAGCUGUCAUUUGAACACAAAUUUUGUGUUCAUUUUUAUGCAUUUUUUGUAAUAUUGUCAUAAUUCAUUUAUGGAGAAUUGUUCAAUUCAUUGAAUGUUUUUUUGCAUGUUUCAAGGAUAUUUUGUAGAGAAAGAAUAUUUUUGUAUAUAUUUAUGUAGUCUGUUCUCUGCUCUUGCUUGUUUUAUUAGAUAUUUGUGAGGACAUUGACAUUGUACAGUUUUAGUAAAGUUUCUCUGCAUCAUCUUGGUUGAUUUUGAUCAGUUCUGUGCUAUUUGUUCAGUACCUGCAGGUCAACAGUAGAGGGCAUUAUAACGGUAACAAUAUCUUAUUCCUAACAAGUGGUUUCGUGUAAAUAAAUGACUUAAUUAAAAAGUCUACAACAAUAACCUGUCAGUAACUCAUCCACAAAAAAGUUCCAGUUUCUUACUUUGA